AUGAAUGACAGAUAUCACCGAGCGGCGCGAGAUGGUCAUGUGACCAUACUGAAGGAAGCCACCAGGAAAGAACUGAAUGCUAAGGAUGAGGAUGGUAUGACCCCGGUGCUCUGGGCGGCUCAUCACGGCAACCUGGAGGCUUUGAGAGUGAUGCUGGGACGAGGAGGCAAACCGGAUAAGUGUGACAUGUGGGGAAACUCUCCUCUCCACCUGGCUGCUGCCAACGGUCACCUCGACUGCAUUUCCUUCCUCGUGUCAUUCGGUGCCAACGUGUGGUGUUUGGACAACGACUACCACACGCCGCUGGACACGGCCGCUAUGCGAGGACACAUGGACGCCGUGCGGUAUCUGGACUCAGUCGCUGCCAAACAGAGCACCGUCCACCCCAAGCUGGUGAAGAAGCUGAAGGAGCGAGCGUUCCACAAUGCAGAGCAACGCAUUAAACACUGCGCAGAACUGCUGCAUGAAAACCAGCUGCACAUGGAGAAAAAGUUCCUGAAAGAGACGGUGGAUUAUGGAGCGUCUGGGUCCGUCAGGGUAUCGGGCUACGGGCGCAAAAUCCCACAAUUCAACACUGUUAACUCAUGUGUCACCUACACACAGGCUACACUGAACCCCAAAACAAAAAGUAGGACAAAGAACCCAAAGUGUCUGGAGAAGAAGCAGCACACUGACGGCUCCUUUAAGAUAUCAGAAGAUGGAAGGAAAAGUGUGCGCUCCCUAUCUGGGCUUCAGCUGGGGAAUGAUGUGAUGUUCCUGAAGCAGGAGAUGUACGCAAACCCUCGGCGCAGACUCCAUGUUCGUAACAUGUUCCCUCAAAACCUGAAAGGUGAUGAUGAAGAUGAUGGUGAUGAUGAUGAUGAUGAUGAGGUUCUGGUUUCUCAUGCAGUGAGCGAUCCAGGUUUGUACAAUGACCCGGGACAGAACUCUCUGUUCUCCCGGCCUGGUCUCGGGACGUUUGUUUUCCGGCGAAACUACAGCAAUGAUGGAGUUCGGGAAGCUGAUUCGUACAGUGUAGAUGAGGAGUGGUUGUGGAGAGAGCAGAAUAUUUACUUUAGAGAGUGUGUACAUCUUCGAUCUCCCAGCCUGGAUCAGAACACCAUCAGCAGCUCUGCAAGUCUUCAGAAAAGGAACCUAAAGGCUUUUCUAUGGAAUUGUGCUGAUGAUGACGAUGAUGAUGAUGAAAUAUGGUAUGAUGAUCUGCAGCCCUGCUCCUCUCCCCUGGAGGUGUUCUUGGUGUCUCAGGGUCUAGGCGAGUUCCUGUCCCUGUUCCUGAAGGAGCAGAUGGACCUGGAAGCUCUGACGCUGUGCUCCGAGCCUAACUUGGCCAUCAUCAAUGUUCCACUCGGACCCAGGAAGAAGCUUCUGGAAGCCUGCAGUCGGCGCAGACACACCCUGGAGAGGCCACGGGCCAUGUGUGACACUCUGCUCUGAAUGCGAGCGUUUUUAUGAUCAGAUUUUUAAUAAUUAGAGCCAAUAAAUAUAAAUAGUUUUAGCUGCAACCGAAGGCUUUGUGUAUA